CUAAUCCUCUCGAAAUCCACGCUCCACACUCAUCACGUCGAUACAUUUCUCGACUUGCCGACUUUCCUUAAUUCAUCCGGGGUUCUCGCCAUUACUCGGUGCAAAGUUGACUCUUUGUUCCACCCCGCAAAAGGAAAGAUAAGCAAAAAAAGAGUUGGAAACAAGGAAUUAAUCAAGUCCUCUUUUCUUUUCUUACGCAGGUCUCCAAUUCUUCCUUUACAUGCGUACCUGACAGUCUUAGUCGACAAUCAUUCACAAUGGCUAUGCUGGCUUCGAAAUCGUCUUUUCCGGCUUCGCUGGCCUCCUCGAAUUCCACUCUGGUUUCGAGCGCGCAAUCAUCUGGUAUGGCGCCCUCGAGGAGACCACCUGCCGUCCAUGCCACGGGUCAAGCCUUCGCUAGCCCAACCGAGUCCGAGUUUUCUGAUCUCGAUGGCCCCGACGCAGUUAAGAACUGGACUGAAGAUCAAGUCUGCGACUAUCUAAGGAGUGUCAAAUGUGGCGAGUAUGAGAAGCUCUUCAGGAAGAACAACAUCAACGGCGAGAACUUGCUGGAAAUGGAUAAGGAGGUCCUCAAAGAGAUGGGCAUCGAGAAAGUCGGCGAUCGGGUUCGACUAUUUCUGGGUAUUAAGAAGCUCAGGACAAAGGCUUACGCGAACCAGAAGAGGCGCAACCGAGAUUCUUUCGGGGGACUGGAUUCCCAAUAUGCCCCCUCCUCAACAGGGUCCCCGCGACACCCCAACCCUAGCAGCCGUGGUAUUGCCACGGCGUCUACCAAGAGGUAUUCGCGGCUUGACAUGCAAACCUUACCUAUGACCUCAAUGGCAGACGUCGCGAAAUCCUCGUCACGACCGAAUUCGCCUCUACCCAACACUGAUGCCCGAGGUGUUAGGCCACCGAGGUAUCAGAACCAGCAGUAUAUGAGCAAUACGACACCGAAUUCGACCGCUCGGGGACCUGGUUCGCCGACUAUGCAGAGCCGUCUGGUAAUUACACACACACGGAAUGCCUCAAGUCAGGAUGGUUCGCUGAUGGCUGCUUUACCACAGGGUCAAGACGUCAUCCGUGUCAUCUGGAACGGUGGCGUUACGAAGGUUGUUAAGAUUGCCGACUGCAAUACCUGCGAAGAAGUUAUGCGGGUAACGUUACGAAAAUUCGCAUUACGAGAGGACCAUGAUCGCAAUUACUGUUUCUGGAUAUUAGCCGGUGUUGACCCCGACCCUAAGCAAUGUCGUCGUCUCGGCGAUACCGAACUAUGGCGCAUCAUUAAGGAUCAAAAGCGACCCGAGAGAAACCGCCUCAUCCUCCGAAGAGUGCCGUCCGGAGAGCCAGGAGAGAAAGAGCUGCAGCGAGCCGCCUCUAUUGCCAUGGAAGAAGCCCAACAAUACCACAGCCAGGGUCUCGGAAAUAUACAAGAUAAGAGGAGUCAAGAAAAGGUACAAAGGAUAUUAGGUGAGAGCUGGAACGAAGGGCUCCAGCAGCCGCUAUCGCCAAUUUCCUUCCAGGACCGUGAGAGGAAUCUCAAUAAUACUGCUAGGGAUUUGGAACGACCACCCAGUGACGCUAGGGCCGUCCCGAGACGAAAGGUUAUGAGACCGUUUGGUGGUCUGAGACCUCCCAGCGAGUUGAUUACUUCGGAUCUCACCUCAUACUUCCCUGAUCACCCUAGGGAAGAUAUUGACCGAACCGCCCGACUAUCUAUGCGUAGGUCUACUCGCCUAAGCAAGGUGAACAGCCGACUUAGUGUCGCUAGCAACCUCAGCUUUGCAUCUAGUAUCCAAGAUGCACCCCCUAUCCCGACUAUUGCGGAUUCAUGGUUGAAUAGCGGUCAGCUUGCCAAAGUCAAGGCUCGCGAGAAUCAAGGUCGCAUGCCGCAUUCAUUCCGGGAUUCGAUCGCUUCAUCCGUACUAGACACUCUUCAAGAGGAAUCUCCUAUCGAACCUAACCGCAAGUCUUAUGUUUCAUUUGCAGAUAGCGGUUCGGAUACCAAUCCGAUAAGCAUCACAGAUCCGGAAGGGAAUGUUCGCCAGAGCUACUUCGACGAAUCUAGUACUCAGGGCUCUGGGUCCUUGAAGGAAAUUACUCAAGCCCUAAGUGAAGAUGGUGAAGAUGCCGAUGAGGAACUACAGAGCUUCUUAGCUGGUGAGUCAUGGGACGAUAACAAGUGGAUGAAAGGAGCCUUGAUUGGUCAAGGAUCGUUCGGUAGCGUUUACUUGGCCUUACACGCCGUGACCGGAGAGCUACUUGCCGUCAAGCAAGUCGAGACGCCUUCGCCCGGCGCGAACAGCCAGACGGAUGCUCGAAAGAAGAGUAUGAUUGAGGCUCUUAAGCGAGAGAUUAGUCUGCUCCGAGAUCUCCGACACGCAAACAUUGUGCAAUAUCUCGGCUGCAGCUCCUCGGCUGAGCACCUGAAUAUUUUCCUCGAGUACGUCCCUGGUGGCUCUGUCCAGACCAUGCUCAACUCGUAUGGUGCCCUUCCCGAACCUCUUGUCCGCAGUUUCGUGAGGCAGAUCUUGAAUGGUCUCUCGUACCUACACAACCGAGAUAUCAUCCAUCGUGACAUUAAAGGCGCCAAUAUCCUUGUAGACAACAAGGGUACGAUCAAGAUUUCCGAUUUCGGAAUCAGCAAGAAGCUCGAGGCGUCUAAUAUUCUUAAUGGCGCCAACAACAACAAGAAUCGGCCAUCGUUGCAAGGCUCGGUGUUCUGGAUGGCCCCUGAAGUGGUUAAGCAAACCUCGUACACACGCAAGGCUGAUAUCUGGUCUCUCGGCUGCUUAGUUGUCGAAAUGAUGACUGGAGCACAUCCUUUCCCGGACUGCAGUCAGUUGCAAGCCAUCUUCAAGAUUGGAGGUGGUAAGGCUGCCCCGACUAUUCCCGAAAGUGCCAGUCCUGAAGCAAUUAAGUUCUUAAGUCAGACCUUUGAGAUAGACCACAACUUGCGACCGAGCGCAGACGAACUCAUGCUUAGUCCGUUCCUCGCUCCAAUUACUUAAAGCGCAUAGAGGUACCAUAUGAUCUUUUUAAGCUAGUCUUUUCUUGAUACCCCUUUGCGAUAAACGACCAAUUAUUCAUUUCAACAUAACGAGGUCGAGUCCGCCCGCGUCCAGAUUUGAGGAUCUCUCAAUGGUCUUUGAUCAGACGCGAAUCCGUUCAGUUACCGAGUUUCCUGACUCGGUGAUAUCUGGGAUGGUCGCUAUCAAUAUACUUGGACCUCGUGUUUUUCACUACUAGUGAUGUACAUUAAGGUGGCAUCACUGAACUUUUAGUUUUUAUGGGAUGGCACGUUGAAGUCGUGACCGAAAUUUUAGACUGGUUUAAGGAUUAACCUAACCUAGGUAGUUAACGGAAAUAUCCAUGAGAUGGACGAUGAUGGGGGCAUUUUGGUCUCACAAGAUGGGCAAGGAAAUCAGAUGAUGCAUUGACGCGGCGAAACGGAGAAUCAGUAUUGAGGUUCUUAGUUGAUCUCCCUUCUAUUUUUUCGGAGGGUUGUCGUUUUUAGCGGCUUUAUGAGCGGCAUUUGCGCAGCUGCGCUGAGCUUUGGUGGUUAAUCAAUGCAUGAGAGCAAAUGAAAUGGAACGAAUACUCAUGACUUCUUCAUCUUGCAAACGCGAGAACGUGUAUUUAUAGGCAUCGGAUAACCUUGCAAGGUUGUAGAACGUGAUAAUAAAUUAAAAAGCAUGACAACUA